CUGCUUUUUCGUCGUCGGAGGUUUCCGUGCUGUGUCAGAAAGGAGGGGCCAUGUUGGUAGUUCUGAGAGCGGCCGCUCACCCGUACGCUCCGUGAACGAGGGCUGCGAUCGUAGCGUAUAUGCCGACUUCGCGAAGCGCCGCUGAUACUCGCAGCCCACUCGGCGAAGACCAUCCCGAGAGCGCCGAGCUAUCCCGGCCAAUGGCCAAGGACACCAUUUACCUCUGCAACUUUCGAGUCUCUGUUGACGGGGAGUGGCUGUGCCUCAAGGAGCUUGCUGAUGUCCAGUUUGACACCCAGAAACCCCUUGCAGUGACUACGCCUUAUGCUCUUGAGGAUCGAGAUCCUGUGGCUAUAGAGCGUUCCAACCUGCUCAACUUGACCAAGCUGGUUGUGAAAGAGCUCAUAGAAUCAUCACUGAAGUUUGGGCGUAUGCUCGACUCCGACCAUCCUCCAUUGCAGCAUUUUUUUAUCUUGCUUGAACAUGUCCUUCGACAUGGCUUGAAACCUAAAAAAGGCAUUCUGGGACCUAAGAAAGAACUUUGGAAUGUCCUUGAGGCAGUUGAAAAGUUUGUACCUGAAGCGGCUGACAUUACAACGAGCGUACGAGAUCUUCCAACUGUCAAGAGUCAGUUGGGUCGAGCCCGAGCAUGGUUGAGGCUUGCGUUGAUGCAGAAGAAGCUGGCUGACUAUUUUCGCCUGGUUGUCGACAAGAAAGAUGAACUUCUUAGAGAUUUCUACGAGGAUGAUGCCUUGAUUCUGUCUGAAGAGGCUGUUGUGAUUGGCGGCCUUCUUGUUGGCCUAAAUGUCAUUGAUUGCAACCUUUGUGUGAAAGAAGAAGACCUCGAUUCGCAGCAAGGUGUUAUUGACUUUGGCCUUUACCUUCGAGAAAAUUCUCACAAUGAUGUAUCUACAGAAGGUGUGGAACCUGCAAGCAUGACAGCUGUGCUGGACCAAAAGAAUUACAUUGAGGAGUUGAACCGUCACUUAAAUGCUACAGUGACAAACCUCCAGCAAAAAGUAGAACAACUACAGACAACCAAUGCACUGAUGAAAGAGGACUUGGCCAUAAGCAAAAAUCAAAUACUCACUUUGGAGGAGGAGAAUCGUGUUCUUAGAGAGCACCAGGACUCGAUUGUCGAAGAUCAUCAACGCAAGCUUCAGAAUGCAAAGGCUGACAUGUGCGCUGAGAGGGAGACUCUGCAGGCAAACCAGGCUGGUCUGGACUCGCUGUACACAGAGGUUCGGAGGCAGCUGUCUGAGGAAGUGGACAGGAGACAGGAAGCAGAGAUGGCAUUGAAAUUGCUUGAAAAAGACAUCCAUGAAAAGCAGGACAGCAUAGUGAGCUUACGCAGACAACUGGAGGACAUCAAAGCUAUUAACCUUCAAUUGUUCAACAAACUUCAGGAUUGUGAAUCUUCACUAAAGGCAAAAACAGAACAAGCUACGAAGCUGGAGCAAAAGGUGGUACAAUUGACUGCGAGCCUAAAAGAGGCUGAGACAAAAGCACAGUCAAUAGAAAAACAAAAGCAGGCUUUUGAAGAAACAACAAGAAGCUUGGGACAACAGCUCAUUGACAAAGAUCAAAAAAGGUCCCUGUUGGAAUCUGACCUAAAGAUUGAGCGCGAGUGGCGAGUGUCACUGCAAGCCACGGUGGCUGAACAGCAGGAGGAAGUCUCGAAGCUGCAACGAGGCAUUGAUGCCUACCAACAGAUGGCACAGGACCACGAAAAGCUGAAAGUGGAGUUUUCUGAAAUGGAAAGAAAGUGUGCUGAACACGAGCUCACAUUAGAAGAGCUAGGCUGCCAGUUGAGCGAGUCCAAGCUUCAGGUGGCUGACUUGAAGGAAAACAACAUGACCUUAAAAGAAGCCGUCUGGACUAGUGAUAAGGAUGCCUCUUGCUGUCGUCAGUGCAGCAAGCCGUUCUCUGUCGCCAGGCGAAAGCACCAUUGCCGUAGUUGCGGGGAGAUUUUUUGCAACGCCUGCUCGGACAACACAAUGCCACUACCGUCAUCGGCGAAGCCUGUGCGUGUGUGCGACACCUGUCAGACUGUGCUGCUGCAGCGGUAUUCAGCCACCUCCUGAGCUCCACAUUGAAGCCUCAUUACGGGGGCAUGUGCUGCAUACGUGGCUGUCUUUUUGAGGCAGCUUCCCCUCUUUGCUAUCAGGGAAUUCAUUCCAUCUCUGCCUUCUCGUCUCGGGCUGUCCCCUCGGAGUUUGUGCAGGUGACAGUUCUGACCCCACAAGUAUUAAGACUGUCACCACAGGUACAAAAUGGGCUGCUAAAGAAGGCCCAGUACGUGUUUUACGGCGCCACUAGCAAAUGAGAAUAUGUUGUGAUGUAGCAUUUGGAGUGCGUUGCCUUGUCCAUCUAGAGUUUUUAAAUGUUACAACGACUCUUGAAAUGCAAGCGCUGUUGUGCCCACAGAUCCCGCUCAUAUUCACACUGCACAAAGCGCCUAGUGCUAAGUGGUACCAAGAGUGAAUGUUGGUGUCUGGCACAAGUUUUAGGACGACACACAGAGGUGUGGGUAUUUCUAUAUUUCAUAAAUCACACCACUACUAAUUUCAACAAUACAUUGCUGUGCGUGAGCUUUGAAACUGCAUGAAAAAUAUGCCAAUAUAUAUUUUAAGCGUAGUGUUAAUAAAAAGUUACACAGACGUGCUGUUAUUUUGCCCUAUGUCAUCUGUGGAACUCACUUUUUGGAGGAUGAAAUAAUCAGGCCAUGCUGUUGCCUUUGCCAACCUGUUGGUUCAUAAGGAGUUUUGAAUGAACUGUUGUGCCGAAUAAAGACCUUUCAUUUGUGAA